AUGGGGUCCAAUAGGGCGGAUGAUCGGCCGGGUUUGCGGGUCAAGCGCAGUAAGGACCACAGCUUCGGCCUGAAGUUGGAGAAGGAACAAAGGGUUUUUAUCAAUGACAGUCAAGUGGGCAGUGGAGCUACCUCAACGGUUAACGACUCCUCAUCAAGUGGCCAACAGGACUGGUCAGCAGUAUGGGAGUGCUUCGAAAGUCCUCAUCGGUUGCUGUCCUUGCCCGCUGGUGGACUCUCGAAGAGCAUGCAGGAAAUGGUGAAGAAUGCAGUUAGUGAGAUGCGCCGCUAUUAUAGUCGAAAAGUGGUUGAUGUACUAAUAAAGGUCACUAGAAGGACACUUGACCUUAUUAUCAAACAGUUCACCACCGAUGCCAACUCUGCCGAAGAGUCACAAAAGAAACCGCUAUUCUUGCUACACGCUUCUCUAAUGAUACCUAACGUAUCAGUGACACCUACUCUUGAUGAUAUCCAAGAAGUCUUACUGCUAGCUGGAAAGCAUAUAUCUGGACUUUCGAAAGGUGUUGCUCAAUGGACUGGAGGAAAAACUUCAAGGGUGAGCUGGAAGAAAAUCGCUCGUCCUCCAUCGAACCCGCUGUUAGACGUUGUUACCAAGCUUGACGAACAGGUCCAAUCAGUCACGGCUCCGCCGCCCGCCCUGAAGUCCACGAAGAUGGUCGACAUGGCUAAGAUGAAGAGGAAGAAGCAUUACAGGCUAGAAUCUGAGGAGAAGCCACAAUUUCCAUUUCAACAGAAGAACUUUUACAGUUAUGUUAUGGAGAAUAAGGAAAUCAUAAAGACACUGACUUUGCUGUCAUUGUGUUCAGCAAAUGUGAAAACAGAAGUGAACACGUUGGUAAAACGAUGGCGGCCGUACCAUUACUUAUGGAAAUGUGAGAAGACUCUUCGUCAGUUACUUGCUUGGAAUCUGAACGAUUUUGAAAUAUCGUUGAAGCGUCACAGUGAACUUGAAGCUAAACUUGAAUCAGAACCUGAUUUCUUGAUUAUUGGAAACUGUCUUGCUGUUUCCACUGAGAAAUUGAAAUUAGGAUUAACAACUGAACUGAAAAAUGGCACACACAGAAUAAGUCAGGCAAUGCGCAAAAAGUAUAAGAGAGAAAUGGAUUAUGUUUACGCUAUUAUGAAUGAUUUGGAUCGUAAACUAGAAAGACCUAUAAGAGACUUGGAUGAUGUAAGAACUGUCAUGGAGACUCUCAAGAAAAUAAGAGAACAAGAAGUCGAUAUGGAACUGAGAAUUGAUCCCGUUGAGGAAGCGUUCAAUAUAAUCACCCGAUAUGACUUGCCUGUCAGCAAAGAAGAUUUGGAACAGGUUGAUAACCUACGCUACACCUGGCAGCAGCUACAAGCUAGGGCAUUAGCUUCACACUUCUCACUGUUAAAGAUGCAGCCGCAGCUUGAAGAUGAUCUUAAUAGUAAUCUGGAUAAGUUUAGAGAAGACAAUUCAGAGUAUGUCCAUGAAUAUCGCUAUGCAGGCCCAAUGCAGCCAGGGUUGAGUCCUAGAGAAGCGUCCGACCGACUGAUAUUGUUCCAGAACCGCUUCGAUGGCAUGUGGCGUAAGCUACAAACUUAUCAAAAUGGCGAAGAACUUUUUGGUUUGCCACACACCGAGUAUCCAGAAUUAGCUCAAAUCAGAAAAGAGCUGAAUCUUCUACAGAAACUGUACAAACUAUACAAUGACGUCAUAGAUAGAGUCAGCAGUUACUAUGAUAUCCCUUGGGGAGAAGUAAAUAUUGAAGAAAUCAAUAAUGAGCUCAUGGAGUUCCAGAAUAGAUGCAGAAAAUUGCCAAAAGGACUGAAGGAAUGGCCUGCAUUCUUUGCUCUAAAGAAAACUAUUGAUGACUUUAACGACAUGUGCCCACUCCUGGAGCUAAUGGCCAACAAGGCAAUGAAACCGCGGCAUUGGCAACGCAUCAUGGAAGUCACUAAAUACAACUUUGAAUUGGAUAACGAAGACUUUUGCUUGAAGAACAUUCUUGAAGCGCCCCUUCUGCCCAAUAAAGAAGACAUUGAGGUACAAUAA